AUGAUUUCUCUCACAAAUCAAGGCGGCAGCACACACCAGCAGGCCGUCCCCAGGCCCCGCAACGACCGCGUGGUCCCCAAACCCGUCCCGGAGGCCCGGUCCAAGGAUCCCCGCGGUUACCAGCUUGACCAGCUGCGCAAGCGCUACUCGCCCCGCGAAUCCACCACUGCAGACGGUACCACCACAUCCCUCAUCUUCCGCAUCAAGCCAUCCGACCCGGACUUCCCGUUCGAGCUGGAGCAUCUGCAGUGCGAUCUCCGCGUGCCGGAGGAGUACCCCGAGGCAACCGCUGUCUUGCACGUGCGGAAUAGCGAUAUCCCGCGCGGAUUCUGCAUCAACAUUGAGCGGGGAUGGGACAGGCUCGUCGCCGAGCGCCAAGGGGCCACCCUUCUCGCCCUCACCUACGCCCUGGACAAGAACCUGGAAAAGUUCCUGUCCGAGCAGGAGGUAGCUACUGUGAAGUUGGUCACGUACAAGGACGAAGGGGUGAAGGACACCCGUCACCUCGAAGCCGCCGCCAUUGCCUCCAUCCCAGGCCCGGCCACGCAGAUCACCAAAGCACCAUCCCCGGCACCGGCACCGGCGGCGUCGACCGUGAGGUACUACACUCCUGAAGAAUACUUCACCAAGGAGGAGAUGGCGGCCGCGAAAGCCCGGCGCGCGCAGGAGACGCGGCAGCUGGAGACUCGCAUGGGACGCCUGUCUCUGUACCGCCGUUCUCCGGACGGCAUCGUCUACGCGCUUCCUCUCGAGCCUCGUCGUCGCGGCGAGCUACCUCCUGGACUGCAAGGUGUCAAGACCGUACAUCUCAUCGUGCCACUGCUGUAUCCGCUCCAGCCGCUGCGUAUCCAGCUGAACGAGUGUGACUCUCAAGACGCCGAACCCCUGGAGGAGCUCUACGUACAUAAGGCAGCGGGACAGAAGCAGAUGACUCUCACCAGCCACGUGAACUACUUGGCUCAAAACAUGCACGUCCUAGCAAAGCAGGCGGCGGCGCCGCCCAAGCCUGCUGCUGCUGCUGCUGCUCAGCCCGUAUCAACCCUGGAAUCUGAAAAGGAUUCCAAGGCAAAAGCACCGGCUAUGGAUGAUAAUGACCGUGGCCACAUCAAGGUCAUCCCGCGGCCGCCGGAAUGGGGCCGUCCCGGCGCCGACGGUGACGACGACGCAGACCAAUCAGACAGCUAUGACUCAGAAGACGACUCAGACGAAGGCGGCGCCGACCUCGACGCCGAACCACCCAACCUCUCCUCCGGCCUCACCCCGGAAAGGGGCACAUCCAUCUCCUUCCCGACCAUCGAGCUCCACAGCAUCGAGCUCUUCCAGGUCUCCAUCCUCAACCUGAGCGUGAAGUGCUCGCGCUGCAAGACCAUCAACGAGAUCACGGGCCUCAAGCACGAGGUCGCCCAGACCGCUAGCUGCCGCAAAUGCGCCGCCGGCCUCGCGGCGCAGUUCCGCCAGACGCUCGUCCACGCCAACUCUACGCGCGCCGGCUUCGUCGACCUCACGGGCUGUAUCGUGUCCGACAUGCUCCCCAGCACCUUCAUCCCCGUCUGCGCAAAGUGCUCCACGCCAAGCCAGGGCCUCGUCGCUGUCCGCGGCGACGCGGUCACCAACGUCUGCCGCACCUGCCACGGCAAAUUCACCUUCAAGAUCCCCACGGUGAAGUUUCUCACCCUUUCGGCCAGCGGGCUUGCGGCCCCGACAACGGGGCCGAUCAAGAAGGCCGAGAAACUCGGUCUGCAGGUGGGCACCCCGCUACCGGACCGGGGCGCGUGCGUGCACUACCGCAAGAGCUACCGUUGGUUCCGGUUCUCGUGCUGCGCAAAAGUGCACCCGUGUGACCGCUGCCACGACGAGGCGGAGAACCACGUCAACGAGUGGGCCAACCGGAUGGUGUGCGGCUGGUGCAGCCGCGAGCAGCGGUACUCGCCAGAGGCGUGCGGGUUCUGCGGCCGGAGCGUCAUCGGGCGCAAGGGGAAGGGGUUCUGGGAGGGCGGUAAGGGCACGCGCGACCGCAAGCUGAUGAGUCGCAAGGACCCGAGGAAGUUCAAGAGGGUAGGUGGGGGUGCGGCGGCGGCUGCAAAGAAGGAGUAG